AUGCCCACUGCCUUCGUCCUCUUGCUUCUUCUUGGCCAGGCCACCUCGGAUCCAUGCUAUGAUCCAGAAGGGCGCCCUCGCUUCUGCCUCCCACCAGUGACCCAGCUGGUUGGCAGGGUAGCAGUCCCCUGCCGUCAGACUUGCACUCUUCCUGCAGCCAGCCCUGGCCCUACCUGCAAUGGUAGUCUGACACUGGACCUGGAUGGUCCCUUCCUCUUGACAUCUGUCACUCUGCGAUUCUGCACCCCAGGGCCUCCAGCCCUGGUUCUUUCUGCUGCCUGGGCCAUUGGAGGUCCCUGGAGGCCACUAUGGCGUAGGCCUGCCUGGCCUGGAGCUCUGGGGGGGCCUGAGAAGGUAACCUUUCGCUCCCCUCCAGGCCCCAAGGCAAGGGUAGUGGCUAGCCACCUCCGUGUGGAGUUUGGGGGCCAGGCAGGGCCGGUGACCACUGGGGUAAGAGGCCGCUGCCAGUGCCAUGGCCACGCAGCCCGCUGCGCUGCCCAGGCCCAGCCCCCACGCUGCCGCUGCCGCCACCACACUACUGGCCCAGGCUGUGAGAGCUGCCGCCCAUCCCAUCGAGACUGGCCCUGGCGGCCUGCCACACCCCAGCACCCUCACGAGUGCUUGCCCUGCUCCUGCAACCAGCAUGCCCGACGCUGCCGAUUCAACUCCGAGCUAUUCAGGUUGUCAGGUGGCCGUAGUGGGGGUGUGUGUGAGCGGUGCCGCCACCACACAGCGGGGCGGCAUUGUCACUACUGCCAGCCAGGGUUCUGGAGGGACCCAAGCCAGCCCAUCACUAGUCACAAGGCAUGCAGGGCCUGCCGCUGCCAUCCAAUUGGAGCAACAGGAGGGAUGUGCAACCAGACCAGUGGCCAGUGCUCCUGCAAGUUAGGGGUCACAGGCCUGACAUGCAAUCACUGUGGUCCUGGAUACCAGCAGAGCCGCUCACCUAGGAUGCCCUGCCAACGAAUUCCAGAGGCAACAACUGCCCUUGCUACUACCCCUAUUGCAUCCCGAUCUGACCCACAGUGUCAGAACUAUUGCAACGUUUCGGACACCAGCGUGCACAUGAGCCUUCAGAGGUACUGCCAGCAGGAUUACGUUCUGCACGCACAGGUUAAGGAUUCCGAAGAGCUUGCAGCGUCGUCGGAGGCGGUGGCUCCCGAGUGGCGGCGGCUGGCCGUGCACGUGCUGGCCGUGUACAAGCAGCGCACGUGGCCCCCCGUGCGCCGCGGCGGCCAGGAGGCCUGGGUGCCCGGCGCCGACCUGGCCUGCGGCUGCCUGCGCCUGCGCCCAGGGGCCGACUACCUGCUGCUGGGCAGUGCUGCGGCCCACCCCCACCCCGCCCGAGGCCUCGUCCUGGACCGCCGCGGCCUCGCGCUGCCCUGGAGGCCACACUGGGCCCUGCCGCUGCGGCGGCUACGACAGAAGGAGCGCGGUGGCGCCUGCCGCGGCCUGCUGCCUCCCACCCGGCCCGGGCCCAGCGGCUGA